CUUUUUGCUCCUUUAAAACUAGACUUGUUCUUUAUAUAUAAGCGUAAAUUUUGUCGAGAUCAAAGAAGUAGAUCAAAUAUCGUACACUCAAGAAGUUGAGCAAGACGAUAUAUUCUCGAACAAGAAGAGCAAGCGAUGGUUUAUUAUUAGAAAAAUUACGUAUAUUAUUCUGAUGAAUGCAGCAUUACCAAUAGCGCUUUAUUAUGUACUCAAAUCACAUUUAUCCUCAGUCUGGGCACUCGUUUUAUCAAGUACACCUACAAUUGUGUCAGUUAUAGCACAAGCUAUUUUUAUACGAAAAAUUGAUUCGAUAGGGCUUGCUGUUAUUUUUGGGUUUAUUUUAUCCGUUGUAUUAGCUGCGAUCAAUGAGGAUCCUAAAAUGCUACUCAUGCGUGAAUCUUUUGUCACAGCAGCCAUAGGUAUCAUCUGUACAUUUACAUUACUACCAAUUCGAUACAAAACAUUUGUACUGAAACCAGUCCUGUUUUACAUUGUAAAAGACCUUUUGCCUUUAGAACCAGUUCAGCUUGAAGGUCAUCAAAAACCAAGUCAAGAUCGAAUGGACUUCUAUUGGCAGCACUCUAGCUUCUGUAGGCUACAUUUUCGAGCAUUAACAGCGAUUAAUACGAUCAUUCUCGAAAUUGAAUUUGGACUCAAACUCUAUUAUAUUCUGAAUUUUGACAUUGAUACAGUUGUGAUUCUCAGUAACUCGACGUUAUCCGUGAUUGGAAUCCUAUGUUUCCUACUGACGAUAGCUUAUAUCAUACAGGUCAAAAAACGAUUAAAAAGAGAUGAACCUCAGAUGUUAAAGGAAGCUUCUAUGGAGACUUUAUGAUUCCAGAACCUUAACAAGCUGAGAAUUAAUCAACU